AUGUCUGGCCAUGUCAGAGUCCGACGGCCAGCUUCACCCCCUGGAGGACACACGAUGACAUCUCAGCGAUUCCCUCAUCCACGGCAGGACCAUUUGGAUGCGGACGCGAGGAGAGCGGCCGCUACUACAAAAGGAUACGUGCCAGGCCGAACGAAGACAUAUCCAUCUGGAGGAAUUAACAUUACAUCUGGGGAAAUCAAGUUACUUCUGGUUAUUGUGCUAAUAGCAUGCGCUGUACGUUUUUUCCGUCUCUCGAGGCCAAAUAGUGUUGUCUUUGACGAGGUCCAUUUUGGCAAAUUCGCUAGCAAGUACAUCAAGACACAGUAUUUCGUUGAUGUUCAUCCACCGCUUGCCAAACUGUUGAUAACGCUCGCUGGAUUCGUAUUCGGCUACGAUGGUGUCUUCGACUUCAAAGACAUCGGGAAAGUUUACGAGAAUGUCCCAUAUGUAGCGAUGCGUAUGGUUCCAGCAACUCUUGGUGUUGCCACUGUGCCCCUCGCCUAUCUCACCCUUCGUGGUCUCGAUUGUAGAGCAACAACUGCACUCCUUGCCUCACUUUUCAUCACAUUCGAAAACGGACUGGUCACCCAAUCUCGUCAUAUUCUCCUCGACUCGCCUCUCAUUUUCUUUACAUCACUCUCUGUUUUUACAUGGGUCGGUUUCUGCAACGAAGAUAAACAUAGACCUUUCACGGAGUCAUGGUGGAUAUGGCUUAUUUUAUCAGGCCUCUCCCUUGGAGCUGUCCUGAGUUGCAAAUGGGUCGGCUUGUUCACUGUUGCAACCGUCGGUCUCAACACCAUCUAUCAAUUAUGGCAACUUCUCGGUGAUAUCCGCAUUCCACCACGAUUGUUCGUCAAACAUUUUGCAGCCCGAGCGCUGUGUUUGAUCGUGAUCCCAAUCUUGUUCUACAUGUCAAUGUUCCAAAUACAUUUCCUGCUACUCCAAAGCUCCGGUGAUGGUGAUGGUUUCAUGAGCUCUGAAUUUCAACACACGUUGAGUGGAAGAGGGAUGAAGGAUACUUUUGCAGAUAUUGCGGUAGGUUCUGAAGUUACCAUUCGUCACGUCAAUACCCAGGGUGGCUAUCUUCACUCUCAUCCGAGUGCUUAUCCUGGCGGAAGCAAGCAGCAACAAAUCACUCUCUACCCUCAUCGGGACCAUAAUAAUGACUGGAAAAUUAUCAAUGCUACGCAAAGUGACGGAUCCGACAUCGACUGGACCAACACUCCCCUUCAGUGGAUCACACCUGGUAUGCGUAUCCGACUUCGCCACCUUACAACGGACAAAAAUCUGCAUUCGCAUGAUGUUCGACCCCCCGUUUCUGAUGUCGACUUCCAGAAUGAAGUGUCAGGAUACGGCUACGCUGGAUUUGAGGGCGACGGGAAUGACGACUGGUUUGUUGAAAUCGACCAUGGUGACAAACGGGAUAAAGAGUCUUCCAAACGAUUGAGGACCCUGAGAACUACAUUCCGGCUCAGACACGCUUUGACUGGAUGUUAUCUAUUUUCGCACAAGGUCAAGUUGCCAGAAUGGGGCUUCGAGCAGCAGGAGGUGACUUGUAACAAGAACGCAGUCAAAGACAACUCGCUAUGGAUGAUUGAGACUGCGAUGCAUCCUGCGCUGCCUGAAAAUGCACCGAAGGUCAAUUAUAAACUCCCUGGUUUCCUCGCCAAGUUCCUCGAACUGCAGCAAGUUAUGUGGACGACCAAUGCCGGACUAACAGAUCGGCACGUCUUUGACUCUCGACCUGAUGCUUGGCCACGUCUCCGUCGUGGUAUCAAUUUCUGGGUCAAAGAUCAUAGGCAAAUAUACCUCAUUGGAAAUCUUUGGGUAUGGUGGUUAAGCACUGCCGCGGUAGUCGCCUACGUCGCUGUACGAGGAAUCCUCAUUCUCAGGACGAAGCGUGGAUACAAAGAUUUUAACAACACUACCGUCGUCAAAUAUGACAAUCUCUGCGGUUUCCUCUUCUCCGGCUGGGUAUUACAUUACCUCCCUUUUUAUCUUAUGGCGCGACAGCUCUUCUUACACCAUUACUUCCCCGCCCUGUACUUCGCCAUCCUACUCUCCUGCGCAGUGUUCGAUUUCCUCACCUCAUCCCUUCGUCCCAAAAUCCGCUUGCAAAUUGCUGCCGUCAUGAUCAUUAUCGCUAUCUGGAACUUCCAGCAUUUCAGUCCCUUAGCUUACGGUACACCAUGGACAAAAUCCAAAUGUAAUAGCGCAAAAUGGUUGAAGAACUGGGACUUUAGCUGUCACGAUUUCCUCGAUGAUUACUCACAAUACAGAGGAAUCGCCGUUGCAACGCCUCAAAAGUCUGGGAACCCGGUGGCACCUGUUGAAGGCAACGGGCGCGCCGAGGUCAUAGUCGAAGACAUGGUGCAGAAGAUUGAAGACAACAAAGAUGAUGCCCAAACUUCAGCGUUUGUCAACAAGCCUGAGCCUGGUCGGGAUGUCUUUGCUGCAGUGCCUGUGAAGGACAUCAAGAGCAAUAUAGCGGCCCAAGAACCCCCGAAUAAGGAACCGGAGGAGAAGUUGAUUAGCACUGUCGUGCCACAGGAACAAACGGUAGAGAAGGAGGGUAAAGAGGAGGAGGGAACGAAAGGUGAGGGCAAAGCUGUACCUGGGGAGGAGGGAAAAACUACUGCCGGGAUGAAGGACAAAGCCCAGGAGGAAAACAAGGAGAACACUGAAGACCAGGAUAUAUCUACAUCGACGGCCGAUCUCGCUGGCGUUGAUCCUGUUCAUCAGCCCCUCAAGAAGGUUGAAGGCCCACUUGAAGAGGCCGAUGUUGUGCUGGAUAGGGUCGCUCAGGAGUUGUAUCCAGAUGCAAACAAGGACUGA